UGUUCUGCGAGUGAGAAUGGAUUCUGUCGAGGAUCGAUGACCAUCGUACAGUGUCGUGUUAGGAGAAUCUGUGAGCUGCAUGAAUUGAUCGCAUCAAAGAACCAAGUCAUCGCACUAGAUCUAUCCUCUAACAGCCUAAAGAAUAUCACAGAAGGAGCACUGUCUUUGUUCAGAGGAAUAAAAUACUUGUCCUUCGCAUUCAACGAUUUCCAGGUUUUGACAUACCAAGCAUUCUAUGGUCUUGACAACCUCACCACUCUGAAUCUCUCCAUGAAUCCACUUCGAUCUUUUACUGGCAAGUUGCCAGGCUUAUUUCAUUCGCUGUCAACCCUCGACGCUACAGGAAUAGAGCACUGGAAACCAGAGAAGAACUUUCUUCAUCUGCGCAUGCUCCAAAGUAUCAUAGGCUUAACCUGGUCAGAUGAAUGUGUCAAUUGUUUGUUUUUCAGAAGUCAUAACAAAACUCAAAUGAAAAGCUAUUUUAUUUUAAGGCUCUGUAAUGUGUUUAAAACGGGCGUCGAUGUGACGUCGCCAUUAUUUCAACUGUUGAAUGAUACACAGUUCCAAUUUCGAUGCAAGAAUCAAAAUCUCUGUGUACGUCACCAUUACUUCGCCUUCGUGAGCUCGGUCAAUAUAUGCUGGGAUGCGAUUCUCGUUGCGAUGAAUUGUCAAUCAUUUUUGGGUGGRCUGUCGKUCGUUUUAAAUUUUGUAGCAUUUUUGAACAUCAUCACCUCCAGGCGUCUUCGUAAGAACGUCUGCAUGCUGUUUGUGUGUAACAUGGCAUUCAGUGAUUUUCUGAUGGGACUCUAUACCAUCGCAAUCACUGCUUAUUUGAAUAAUUUUUCGUUUCCUAAAUCAUAUAGCGAUAGCAAUCUCCACUGCUGGAAAAUAGGCAUGUUUUGGAUGCUAGGCCAAGCAAGUGCAGUCGUCACCUCAUUCUAUGUAACCCUAGAAAGAUAUCUAGCUAUAGUCUACAGUUUGCAACCAGAAGUGCGGAUUACACUUCGUUUGGCUGCCAUUUUGAUCAUAAUUUGCUGGCUUCUCGCAGUUUUCUUGACAGUGAUUGCACUAUAUUAUAAUUUUUAUAGGUUCACAUUCCUGUGUAUACCAAUUCGUUCUAAUUUCGUUCACACUAACAUUUUUGCUUUCACGCUGUCCGUCGGUGUAACAGCUUUGAUAUUAUAUGCCAUCAGUUUUGGGUUUUACGUUCAUAUUUAUUUCACAGUCAAGAAAGCUGCUCAAGAUGCGGGAAUACAAAGGGAAUCCAAACUCGCCAAGCGAAUCGCUCUUCUAGUCUUCAGCAACGUA